CCCGAAACCUAAGCAGGCACACCAAAGGACAAGAGCGCAAAACCCCACCACGGACCCUCGCCGUUGCUGUCUCCGUCUCCCAUCUCGCCGGCGCUAGCUAGGGCACCGGCCGCCCUCCCCCUCCGACGAUGUCGACGCCCUCUGAUCCAGCGGCGUCCGCCCAGCCCCCCUCCACCGCGGCCACCUCCAGCAGCGGCCUCACCUUCAAGCUCCACCCCCUCGUCAUCGUGAACGUCUCCGACCACUACACCCGCGUCAAGGCCCAGGCCUCCUUCCCCGCCGAGGCCCCGUCGCCGGGCAAGGCUCAGGCCUCCUGCUCCGCUGAAGGCUCCUCGGCGCCCGCGGAGCCGCCGAGGGUCUUCGGGUGCGUGAUCGGGGUGCAGCGCGGCCGGACGGUCGAGAUCUUCAACAGCUUCGAGCUCGUCCUCGACCCCGUCACCGGCACGCUCGAGCGCGCCUUCCUGGAGAAGAAGCUUGAGCUCUACAAGAAGGUGUUCCCUGAAUUCUAUGUGCUGGGCUGGUACUCAACUGGGAGCGAUGUGCAGGAUACUGACAUCCUAAUCCACAAGGCUCUGAUGGACAUUAAUGAAAGCCCUGUUUAUCUUCUCUUGAAUCCUGCAAUCAAUCACUCCCAGAAGGAUCUACCUGUGACAAUUUAUGAGAGUGAGUUGCAUGUUAUCGAUGGGGGCCCCCAGCUCAUCUUUGUCAAAUCAAAUUACACAAUUGAGACCGUAGAAGCAGAGAGGAUAUCUGUAGAUCAUGUUGCCCAUCUGAAACCAUCUGAUGGUGGCUCUGCAGCAACUCAAUUGGCUGCUCAUCUUACAGGAAUACACAGUGCCAUCAAGAUGCUCAAUAGCAGGGUUCGUGUUAUCCAGCAAUACCUUGGUGCCAUGCAAAAGGGUGAUAUCCCACUGGAUAAUUCACUUCUUAGGCAAGUCUCAAGCCUCGUAAGAAGACUACCAGCUAUGGAAUCAGAGAAAUUCCAAGAUGACUUCUUAACGGAAUACAAUGACACCCUCCUCAUGACUUACCUUGCAAUGUUCACGAACUGUUCAAGCACAAUGAACGAGUUGGUCGAGAAAUUUAACACCACCUAUGAGAGAUCCCCUGCCAGGAGAGGAGGCCGAGGCGCUUUCAUGUAGAUGGGUUCCAGCCGUCCUGCUGCUGCUGAGGUUUUGGUGCUGGUUAUCCAUGCUGCUGAGAUUUUGAAAAUAGUUCUCAUAUCUAGACGCAAUUUUUGCGUGCAAUCAGUUAGGUGCUCUAUCUUCCGGCAGUAUCCGAGACUUUUCAAUCUUCUUAUCCUCUCUGGGUUGGAUCAGUGACACGACGUGCCUGGGAUGAUUGAUUAUCCUCUUGUCCUGAAGUUGACAUGUAAAGUUCGGCUUAAUAGAUGUUGCUCAAGUUAACUCGUA